GUGAGGGCCCUGCGGCGCUCAUAUCCCCGCGCCCCCUCACAGGCCACGCCCCCAUCUCGGCUCUCAGACACCCUCCGGUCGUAGACAGGAGCGGGACUGUCUGUCCGGCUACAGGCUGUUCCGACCUGGACAGCUCGACUUUGAAAGGUGGAGAGGUAAUUCUGAGAGAAAAUCAGAGGAGGGUCCCAGGAACAGAAGAUCCUGAACUCCCUCAUCAUCAUCAACAUGGGGGCUGUUAUCUCACGGUGGAGGGCUAAACCCUCCACCGUAGAGCUUUUGGAAGGAAUCGAUAAGGAUAUUCAGAUUCUUGAGGAAUAUAGUGAGAAGUAUCAGAGGCAGCUGAAGAUAUGGGUCGGGCGACUGCUCCUGUACUCGUCUCUUCUCUUCUUGAUGACAUGUAUAGUUGUGUAUUUCUGGUACCUGCCCGAACAGUUAAUGGGACGGCUCAUAUUGUCUCUUCCCUUCGUGAUAUUUCCCUUAUUAGUGUGGUUACUGCGCAAAAUGCUUUUUGUCAUUUUUUCAAGAAGAACAGAAAAAAAUAAUGAAAAAUUAGAGGAUCUUAAAGCACAAAAAAGGAAAAUACUUGAAGAAGUUAUGGAAACGGAGACAUACAAAAAUGCUAAAAUGAUUCUGGAGAGGUUUGAUCCUGAUUCCAAGAAAAAAAUGGAGCUGGAAUCUACUCCAGUCGGACCCCAGAUGACUCCAAGACCAGGACAAGAACUCCGCCAACGCAAUGUCAUCCCAAAAACCCCCACGGUGGUUGCGGCGGCAAAUCCUGCAAGCGGUGCUGCUGCCCGCCCUCCUCUCGCCUCCGGGCCCACCUAUCCUGGACGAUCUUCCCACUCUGCUCCAGGUGGACCCCCAGAGAGGAGCCUGUCGGCUAUGGCUGCUCAGCAGAGCUUGAUGAGGAGGCCUGUGACCCCUGGAACACCUGUUUCAGGAGUUGGGAUGCAUCCCCCAGGUCCGCCCCUGGCCAGACCUGUGCUCCCGAGGGAAAGAGGCGCCAUGGACAGAGUCAUUGAGUAUCUCGUUGGAGACGGCCCUCAGAACAGAUAUGCUCUCGUAUGUCAGCAGUGUCUGUCCCAUAACGGAAUGGCAUUGAGAGAGGAAUUUGAAUACAUUGCAUUCCGAUGUGCAUAUUGUUAUUUCUUGAACCCUGCAAGAAGGACCAGGCCUCAGGCACCAAGCCUCCCCGUGGUCACUGGCGAACUGACGAUGUCAUCUGAGGCACCCUUCCCCUCGUCUGGUGCUGAUGGUGAUGCCGACCAGUCUGGUUUAGAGAAAUCCAAGCUUGCUGAUGCACCUGCUGAACCAGACACUCAGGAGCCGGGCACACCGACAGCCGAAGAGUCCAAUUCCAUGUCAGACGGCCAGUGCACCCCAGAGUCACCAGACCCACCCUCAGAGAAAUCUGACGGAGAGCAGGAUCUGUCUGCCAUGGAAGUGGAAUGAAGCAACGGAGAAGUGAUGUCAAUAAAAGUCAAGCUGGUGUUUCAGUUUUUUCUUCGAAGAAACGUGAUAAUGUUAAGAAACUGCCGUAAGUUGAAUUCACAAGGCAGCUGAUGCGCUUUUCAACUUACAGUACACAGUGUCUUUAUUUUUGACAAUUGUUUUUAUAGUUGUAGCAUUAUUAAUGAAAUAUUAAAUCGCAUAGCGUUGGGUAGCAAAUACCGAGCAACCCAUCUUUCUAGUAACAAUUACACACGUCCUGCCCAUUUUCUCAUCAUCUUAUCGAGAGCAAUAGGGCUAAUGAAUUCAUUUGUUUCUGAUGCUGUAUAAUGUAAAAGCCAUUGUCAUUUUCCAUAUUUUAUGUGUUUAUGACUGAAUUCUAAUAUUUUUGCUGUCUGGGUUUACAUGAAUUUAAGAAAAACAAAGCAAAUAUUUUGUGGGAAAAUAUAUUUUUAUUUAUGGGAAACUAUUUAUAAAUAUUUUUCUACAAUGUGGUGCCUUUCAUGACCAUGACUGGAGCACUCAAAAGCUGUUUGCACACCCUUGUUACCAUAAUAGGAAUGCACGUACAACAUGUAUUUAUUGCUAAAAGGAAGAGAUUUAUGUUGGUACUCUGCACCUGCUUUAAGUGCCUAUUAUGUUUUAAAGUCUCUGCCUCAGUAUUGUCGAUACAACCUAUUUACAUAUAGACAAAGUCAUGUACCUGUUUUCAGUCUUAAGUGACUAUCUGUUUGCUGAAUGUCCAAAUUCCUGUUCUGUAUAAAUAAUACUAAAUAAAACACUUAAGAACA